AUGCCCGAAUUGGAAUGGCGGAGUAAAUCCACUGGAAAAACCUUUCAUCAUGCACUGCCAUCAGACAUUUUCAAUCCACCACCCGGCGCCCGGAAAUACGGUCUGCUCUUCUUUUGGAGAACUCUUGGAAUAAAGCAUUUCAUAAUCGCCGGUCUUCUCAUCGGCGCCUCACUUCUUGGCGGUGUCAUUUUCUAUCACAUCGAACACGAUGCAGAGAUUGAUAAUGUCGCCAACACAAAUGCGGCUAUUGAGGCGAAAAUCGCUGAAUACGUGCAAGCGGCGAGGAACAACGCCUCAAUGAACGCCUCAAUGAACGGCACCCAGGAUUUACAAGAUUUUAUUAAGCGUCUCUACGUGGACCUGCAAAAAACGGAGGGCAUUUACAAGGCGUCAGUUUACUACAAAAAUGACACCGAAGACAAUCUGAUGUGGCAAUAUUGGCCGUCUGUCUUCUACGCGUCAAAUAUCUACAUGACCACCGGAUACGGCACUCAAAUCGUUUAUUCGACUCGUGGGCGAAUCUUCUCGAUUCUUUAUGGUUUUAUUUCUUUACCCUUUCUCUGUGUUCUUUGCCGAGAUCUUGGUCAAUGGUGGCUGGUAUGCAUGACAAGAGUUUACGCGAAAUUCUUGAUUCGUUUCAGAAAAUCCCGCGGCAUUGAGACAAAUCCAAAAGAAGAGAUCUCCUUGCCACUCACCAUUAUUGUCAUCUAUUUCUGGUUAAAUAUAUGCUUUUGUGGUGCCUUGACGUACGCCUACGACGUGAUAUGGGGGAAAAUUUGGGGCAUUCCGGGAAUGGACGAGCCGAUGGGUUUCUGGGACGGCUGCUACUACACGUUCAUCACGAUCUCCGGAAUGGGCAUGAGUGACGAUGUGCCGAGGAAUGCUACGACAGCCGCCUUGCCACUCAUCUGGUUUGUGCUCUCGAUGCCGAUUUUCCAGAUGGGCAUCCGCGUAUUCAUGAUUUAUGAGGAAAACGCGAUUUUGGGCACCCUGGCCGCCGUCGAGUGGCAACUGGCGAAAUGGGAUGGGUUCUUUAAGUCACCCAAAAUCGAAGGCUCAAAACACGGCGAUUGGAAAGAGGCACAGCAACCAAUCCCUUACGAUGUUGGCGGUCUCGUUUCGGGUCAAGCCGAUGCCUACGCCGGAGAAUUUGGACGUGUCCGUUUGCGGCGAAGCACUGCGCAAAAA